UCAAACAAAUACUCAAAUAUUCACUCAUGCUUAUCAAAUCUCUGGAAAGACCAGUGAACGCUUGUUCAUGUUUAUCAAUACCUACAAAUGAUCAUCAGUGCCUGAAAGUGCUAGUGAAUACCUGUCCCAUGCUUAUCAAUGUAGGAAAGUCCCUAAAGAAUUUUGCUAAUAUCUAUCAAUGUCUACUGCUAAUGAAUACUGCUCUGGAGUAACUACAUAUUCAAGUCCUGAAGUCACAAGAAACAUAAUCAAUCUACUUUGCCACUAUCUGCCAAACUCUAUCAAAAUCUGCUAAGGUCGCCGCUUCUCUACGCUGGAUCACCCUGAGAUGCUCCUAUUGUUAUGGUUCUGCCUCGACGGCUGAUGAAUGGCCCGUAAACCCUCCCUUACUGCUGAGCUCGAUGAUCGUGAUGCUACAAAGGUUCAAUAUUCCGAUGUCUCCACGGUCAUCACUCCUUUCGAAACGUUUCGUCCUAGGUACUUAAAAGUGCACUCUUUGUACGUUGAAGCAUCUCUUUCAUUAAAUUUACCGUGGUACGGUUUUGAGAUUGGUUUUUGAUUUUUGAGAUUUGAGCCUUGAGUGCUUUUUACUCAUGGAGGGUUUACACCGUGUAGUCUUCUGGGAUGCAGCCUACGGAUCUAGUCAUCUUGGAUUUGAAAUGUAGCGAUAAUGUGGCCUUCUGGACUUAUGAAA